CCCCUGUGUUUCACUCGGAUUAUUUAUACCGAAGGUUACAGUUUCCUUGGUAACCGAUGUUGCGUUCGUUUUUUUGAUUCGUUGUUGUUCGUACUAUUGUGGUUGACACCAUUAACGUUACGUGGCUAUAUUUGACAAUAUGGACAUCAAAGAACGAAAUAUGCGUUGCACAGCGGACAAUGUUGAAAUGAUUGACAUGGACGAGGAGAGCUUUGCCAUUUCGAGUUCAUCUGCAGCCGAAUCUGCUUUUGAUGUCGUGGUUGGUUGCAUAGAGGACAUUAUUGUGGAAGAUGAGUUUCAGCAGCUUCAACAUAGCUUCAUGGAAAAAUAUUACACAGAGUUUGAUGAUUCAGAUGAAAAUAAACUCACAUAUACACAGAUAUUCAAUGAUUAUGUCGAUCUGUUGGAGAAACACCUGGAACAGCAGCUUACAGAGAGAAUCCCAGACUUUAACAUGAAUACCUUCAUUCAACUUCUAAUGCAACACAAAGAGGAGGUUCCGGUCGACAUCUUUGACAUGUUACUCACAUUUACUGACUUUAUGGCCUUCAAGGAAAUGUUUCUUGAAUACAAAGCUGAGAAGGAAGGCAGAGUUUUGGAUCCGAGCCAAGAUCUCAUGGUAACACCUCUGUUGUCCUCCCAUACAAAACACUUAAGCUCCAGUAAAUCCCAGUGACACUUUACACAGAUCUGCCCUAUAGUAAUGCCUUGUAAAGAACCUAAAGGUGCUGAAUUGGACCCCCAACGUUUUGUCCUUGAGGAAAGUCCCUUAGUCCUUUCUGUGCUAUUAGUGUAUGGGUAAUAUGAUUGUUUUGCAACACCUGAUCUUGCUUUUUACAGGUAUCAGUCAAAAUGUGAUAGUUAAUACAGAAUAACAUGUAUUAUAAUUGUUUUCUUUAUUAAACUGAAGUAUUUAAAAUGGGUGAGAACAAGCCCAUGA